UAAGAUGGAAAAUCAUGAAGAAAGACGCUUUUGAGUUCGUCUUUUAUGACUCCAACAACCGGGAGAAAUCAUCUUCAGUUUAAGCCUUUUCACUCAAGAAAUCAAGGAAGAGAGCAGUUGAUUCGCGAAGCGGUCUUAAGGGAAGAAUAUGUGUACCAGCGAUUUGGUUGUCGGCCUUAGUAACGGUCAGAAGCUUAGUAAUAUUUCAAUUUUGCUUGAAUUAUCGGCUGCUGAUGAUUUGGAAGGAUUUAGGUUAGUGGUUGACGAAGAAGGUUAUGAUGUUGAUGAUUCUGGUUUGUGGUACGGUAGAUCCAUAGGUUCGAAGAAGAUGAGCCUUGAGGAGAGGACACCGCUUAUGAUUGCUUCCAUGUUUGCUAGCAAACAGGUUUUGAAGUUCAUUCUUGGAUUGAAUCGUGUUGAUGUUAACAAAGCCUGUGGUUCCGAUAGGGCAACUGCUUUGCAUAUGGCUGUUUCCGGUGGCUCUAGUUCAUCGAUUGAGGUGGUCAAGCUUUUGAUUGAUGCUUCUGCUGAUACCAGUUGCCUCGAUGUUAAUGGGAAUCGACCUAUUGACUUAAUUCCUUUGGUGUUUGGUUCUUCUUUCAAUUCAAAGAGGAAAUUCUUGGAGCUUAUGCUAAAUGGUUACGCUCAUGGUGAAGAAUUAUGUUUGUUAAAUGUACUGACCGAUGAUCAUAUUCAUAUCCAUGGCGAUGAACGGAAGGACGUCCCCAACUUGAUUUCAUCACGAGAAGGGACUGAGAAGAAAGAGUAUCCAGUCGACCUCUCUCUGCCGGACAUGAAAAACGGGAUAUACAACACAGAUGAGUUCAGAAUGUAUACUUUCAAGAUCAAGCCAUGCUCGAGAGCUUAUUCUCACGAUUGGACCGAAUGCCCGUUUGUUCAUCCGGGUGAGAAUGCUAGAAGGCGAGACCCACAGAAGUAUCAUUACAGUUGUGUCCCUUGCCCCGAGUUUCGGAAAGGUUCUUGCCGCCAUGGAGAUGCUUGUGAAUAUGCUCAUGGGAUUUUCGAGUGUUGGCUUCAUCCGGCACAAUAUCGAACACGUUUGUGCAAAGAUGAGGUUGGCUGUAGCAGAAAAGUUUGCUUCUUUGCUCACAAAACCGAAGAGCUUCGCCCACUGCACCCUUCCACUGGGUCUGCAGUACUUUCUCCCCGACCGAUGUCCCUUAAAUUGUCAGAUAUGUCAUCGAUAAGUCCUUUCUCUCUUGGUUCUCCGUCCAUUAUGAUACCUCCUAGUUCCACACCGCCAAUAACUCCCGGAGCUUCAUCUCCUGGAGGUGGGCCUCUGUGGUUGAAUCAGCCAUCCCCAACCCUAAAGGUUCUCGGUAGCAGGUUUAAGACUACCCCAAAUAGCCAGGAUUUGGAUUUUGAGGCUGAAAUGAUUAGGGUUGACCGAUAUCGUCAACAACAACUGAUGGAUGAAUUUGCAGGUCUAUCUCCACCAUCUAGCUGGAACAAUAAUGGUUUUCUUGGUGAUCGAUCAGAAGAUUAUAACAUAUCUACUGGAUCAAACCACAAAAGCCUCGAGCUUUUAUCUUCUGCAGAUCAUACAAUCUUGUCUCAACUGCAGGGGGUUUCACUGGAAUCAAGAAUUGCUCAACUACACCAGAACAUGAACUACUCUGGACUUCCAUCCUCACCACUGCGGAUGUCCUCACCAUCAUCCUUGAGACCCAAUCAGAUCAUGCAUUCAAGAUCCGCUGCAUUUGCAAAGCGGAGCCAGAGUUUCAUUGACCGUGGAACAGUCAACCGUCAGUCUGGCUUUCCGUCACCCGUGUUAUCUUCUAUGGCGCCUUCCAUGCAUUCAGAUUGGGGGUCUCCUGAUGGAAAGUUGAACUGGGGUAUCCAGAAAGAUGAGCUCAACAAGUUGAGGAAAUCCGCUUCUUUUGGGGUUCGUAGAUCACCCGAUUCGUUGUUAAUACCCAACAAUCAAGAACCCGAUUCACAUGUGAAUAAUGUUACAUUUGAUGAAGAACAAUUUCCACCAUGGGUGGAGCAGCUAUACAUGGAGCAGGAGCAGCUGGUUGCUUGAAAAGUGUUUACUUUCUAUAACCCUUCUUUAACAUGAUUUAUGGUUCUUAUUCUGUGAACUUGACUUCUAUAUGUGGAGAUAUCAUAUUCACAGAUGAAGAUACACAACACAAAUAGUUGAUUUGUUUGGAGAGAUUUCAGAAGGCCGAAACCAUCCAUCUGAUCAUCUCAUCAUCAUCAUCAUCAUCAUCAUCAUCAUCAUCAUCAUAUUCUUUAAGUUUUCGUUUUCAUUUUCUUCAUGUAUUCCGUAUUAUUAUUGUCAUUGGUUUCAUAUUUCACUAAAUAAGUUACACGGGUAACCUAUAGAGACUUGACCUCGUAAUUUCUUUAAGUUCUCUCUUUGAUGUUAUUAAUUGUGUAUACGUUGAUCUUGUUACAACUUUCAUGAUCAAUAUAAAGUUGCCCAUUUUGAUUUCUUUUA